AUGGGUGGCGGAAGUUCAGUUUUCACUUCCGGUUUCGUCGCGCUCACCGACAACCCGGAAGUUGGCGCUCGAGGCUGCGCUUGGCCGCGCCCUGGGAGGAUGCCGCUCGUGGUAUUUUGCGGGCUGCCGUACUGCGGCAAGAGCAGACGCGCAGAGGAGCUCCGCCGGGUGCUGGCAGCUGAGGGCCGCGCGGUGUACGUGGUGGACGACGCGGCGGUGCUGGGCGUGGAGGAUGCGACAGUGUACGGCGAUUCGGCUCGUGAAAAGGCGUUGCGUGGGGCUCUACGCGCCGCGGUAGAGCGGCGCUUGAGUCGUCAAGAUGUGGUCAUCCUUGACUCGCUUAACUAUAUCAAGGGCUUCCGCUACGAGCUCUACUGCCUGGCGCGGGCAGCGCGCACCCCACUCUGCCUAAUUUACUGCGUACGGCCGGGCAGUCUGAACAGGCGACCUCGAGUGGCAGACGCGGACAGUCGGAGCCAGAAAGUCACUGUGAGUUGGCGGCCGCGUGCUGAAGAGGGAGGAAGACCUUUGACAGCGGGCACCGGUUUCCUCAGGGAACCAGCAGCAGUGGACUCGGUAGUAAAUGGAGGAGUUCAGGCAGAAGUAUCUAAGGAAUUAGAGUGGGAGGAAACCAGGGAGCCAGAUCUUCCAGCUCUCGUGACUGCGGAAUUUGAGAAACCUGCAAAACAUACGUCUAGUGCCUUUUACUCUCCCGAACUUCUGGAGGCUCUAAUGCUGCGUUUCGAGGCUCCCGACUCUCGAAACCGGUGGGACAGACCCCUGUUCACCUUGGUGGGCUUAGAGGAACCAUUGCCCCUGGCAGCGAUCCGGGCUGCCCUGUUUGAGAACCAGGCUCCUCCACCUCAUCAGUCUACACAGUCCCAGCCCCUUGCCUCUGGCAGCUUUCUGCACCAGUUGGAUCAGGUCACUGGCCAGGUGGUGGCAGGACUGAUGGAAGCUCAGAAGAACGCGGUCCCAGGAGACUUGCUUAAGCUUCCUGGCACCACCGAGCACCUUCGGUUUACCCGGCCCUUGACCAUGGCAGAACUGAGUCGCCUUCGACGCCAGUUUAUUUCCUACACCAAAAUGCAUCCUAACAAUGAGAACCUGCCUCAACUAGCCAACAUGUUUCUGCAGUAUCUGAGUCAGAGCCUGCACUAACCAGAGUGGGAUGGGAGAACGCCGUGACUACUUGUCUAACCUCUGCUGCACAGUAUUUCUUUGGGAAGAAUAAUCAAGGCCUGCAGAGCAUAUUGUUGUGUGGUACUAGAACUAUUGUGACUGAUUGACCCUUUGCAUAAUGCCUCUGUGUCAGGCCUUGAGUUUAGGACAUCCUUUGAGACUAGAAAGAAUGGAGAACAACUUGAAGGAUCUUGGCAAAUUUCUCCAGAGGACAGAGCUCAGAUGGAUCAGGCUGGCUUAGAUUGGGUUCUACUUGUGAUAACACACUCCUUUGAUUUCCUCUCUCUGAAUCGUCGGAGAACGGAAUGUUUGGAUUAAUUGUUUUAAAACAAUUGUGAACAGAAACUGAAGAUGGCACAGCUCUGCGUCUGCAGUGGCCCUUCUUUCAUACCACAAAUAGUUUUUGAGUAUUGUACCUAAACUUUUUGCUAGUCUCUGUUCAGGGGUAUGGAUUUAAUGAUAAAUGGUUUCUGUCCUUGGGAAGCUUUGAUUCUAGUGGAAGUGAAUGACAUAACCAUUAAAUUAUUUCAUCUAAUAAAAUCUUUUAGAAGAAGAGAGUUGACUACA